CCGGAACCACCUCGCGGCUGCUCGUCUAGCUCUGUGGCGUUGUUCCUGCUGCUGCGCUGCUCGGAGCGGAAGUGUAGCGAGGAAGCAGGGCCGGGCUGGUGCUUGUAGGUAGACCCUUCCCGACCAGUGGUGACGAGGCUGCGUCAGUUGCACACCGGACUCGGCGGCGGCUGCGCUGACGUGGCUCCCGGAAGUGAGGCUGGCGCCGGGCCGCCAUGUUGUCGCAGGACAGUAAUGAUGACACUGAAGAUGUUUCACUGUUUGACGCAGAAGAGGAGACAGCUAAUAGACCAAAAAAAUCUAAAGUCAGACAUCCAGUAGCAUCCUUUUUCCAUUUGUUCUUUCGAGUCAGUGCAAUUGUAGUCUAUCUUCUCUGUGAAUUCCUCAGCAGCAGCUUUAUUGCCUGUAUGGUGACAAUUAUCUUGUUGUUGUCAUGUGACUUUUGGGCUGUGAAGAAUGUUACAGGUAGACUAAUGGUCGGCCUCCGUUGGUGGAAUCAUAUUGAUGAGGAUGGAAAAAGCCACUGGGUGUUUGAGUCCAGAGAGGCAACUCCUCAAGAUAAUAAAACUGUUUCAGAAGCUGAAUCAAGAAUCUUUUGGUUAGGACUUAUUGCCUGUCCAGUGCUGUGGGUGAUAUUUGCCUUUAGUGCUCUUUUCUCCUUCAGAGUCAAGUGGUUGGCUGUGGUUAUUAUGGGUGUGGUACUACAAGGCGCCAACCUGUACGGUUACAUCAGGUGUAAAGUGGGCAGCAGGAAGAACUUAACUAGCAUGGCUACCUCGUAUCUUGGAAAGCAAUUUUUAAGACAAGUAAGUGUUUUCUGGAUGUGA